GCACAUAUCACGUUAUUGCAGCUGCUAUAACAACAGUUAAUGAUACAACAGUUUGCCUGGAAUGUAUUUUUAGACACAAUUCCCCAUCAGCUGGUUGCUAUGCAGUAUUCCAUCCUAUCAACACAACAGGAGGAGAUUCACGAUUAAUGUAUUACAAAAUAAUGAAACCACCAGCAGAUUCAGCUAGUGGUUGUAUUAGUACAUUGCCUAAUGGAGUAUAUAGUAUAUCAGUAUUGGAUGCACUAAGCUAUGAAGAAGGAACAUUUAAUAAUACUGCUAUUGACAUAUUAUUGCUAAUAACUAUUAAUAAUACAAUGUUUGUGAUACCUUCUACAACAUCAAUGACGACUAGAUCUAUUAUAUCAUUUAAGAUUCCAUCAAGAUCAAUGACAACUACUAAUGAAAAUAGUUGGACCAGUUUCAUUCCUUCUCCUCUUUUGAUAACUUCAUCAAGCUAUGAUGACAAUAUCUCCAUGGCAACAAGUGGUCCACCAGUCCUGAUAGUAGCAUUGACUGGAAGUGCUGCAUUUAUGAUGAUAAUGAUAACAAUUGUAGUGAUAAUUUCUGUGGGUCUAUGUGUAGCUAAAAAAAGAAAAAGAAGUAUUGCAAUUCAUGGUAUCAAGAAAGAUGGCAAUGCUACUCCUUGUCAUACACCAGUAACAAAUCGAUUUAUGGUAAAAGAAGGAAUACAGUGCAAGACAACAUUUAAUGAAGCUUAUGACAAUGUAACACAGGCUAACGUAGUGUAUGAGACAAUACCAGAAAAAGUACAAUAUGUAUCAGGAUCUGCUGCUGGAGGAUUGCAAAUAAAUGUUGCAUAUGAUUGUAUAGGGGGAUUAAGAGCUAAUCAUUAAUACUGUUUUAUUAUAUUUUUCUGUAACCCACCCUACACUGUAUUUCAGAUUUGUUUAUAAUGAUAAUAGUGAUAAUGAAUAAUGCU